UGAGCCUGCCCUCGGCCCUCGGCCCUCCGCCCCUGCCUCCCCGCGCCCGGCUGAGGGAACUCGGCGGCGGCGGUGGCGCCGGGGCCCGCGCGGCCGGAGGGGGCGGCCGAGGCCGGGCAUGGUGGCCGGGGGCAACGCGGAAGAAGCUCCACCAUGAGGCGAAGUGAAUGGAGGAAACGAGCUGAAAAUGAUGGCUGGGAAAACUGGAGUGGAUAUAUGGCUGCCAAGGUCCGGAAACUGGAGGAACAGUUUCGAUCCGAAGCUGCUAUGCAGAAGGAUGGAACUUCAUCUACCAUUUUUAGUGGAGUUGCCAUCUAUGUUAAUGGCUAUACAGACCCUUCUGCCGAGGAGUUGAGAAAGCUGAUGCUGCUGCACGGAGGCCAGUACCAUGUGUAUUACUCCAGGUCCAAAACGACACACAUUAUUGCCACGAAUCUCCCUCAUGCCAAAAUUAAGGAGUUGAAGGGGGAGAAAGUAAUCCGACCAGAAUGGAUUGUGGAAAGCAUUAGAGCCGGACGCCUCCUGUCGCACAUCCCUUAUCAGCUGUACACCCAUCAGUCCAGUGUCCAGAGAGGCCUCGGCUUUAAACCUGUGUGCAAGCCCGAGGACCCCUUGCCGGGUCCGAGCAACGUGGCCGAACAGUUCAACAACAGGGUAAGUCACAUCCUUAAGAAGAUUGAGCCGGAACAUGAAACCAGAGCCAACGGAACGGGCAGCUGGGAUGGAGAGGACUCCGGCGCUGACCCUGAUUCUGUGGAGCUGGAGCGGGCCUUGCCGGGAAGGAAGCAGAACGGACUCCCACUCCCUGGCCCUGGCACGGCCGUGUGCAACGGACACGCCCGCAGCUCGAAUGGUGCCUUAUCGACCCAGGAGUGCUGGGUGCCCGCGGGGAGCGGUGCUGCCAGCAGUCCCCCUCCGGACCGUGCCCGGGUGGAGGGCAGGGUGGACAUGGGCAGCCCUGAGUGUGGAGACUGCAGCCAGGAGCCUGCUGCUGGGCGGGCCCUGCACAGGACUCGGCGCCCCGCCAAGGUCAACGGUGCCCAUGCCGCCGCCGAGGGGCCCUCAGGCACGAGAAGCACUUCCGUGGUGCCCACAGCGCCGGCCCGGCCCUGGGACUGCAGCUUUAUCUCAGACUUCUACUCCCGCUCGAGACUGCACCACAUCUCGACGUGGAAGUGUGAGCUGACUGAGUUUGUCAAUGCCCUCCAGAGACAGAGUAGUGGUGUCUUCCCAGGAAGGGAAAAGUUAAAAAAAAUGAAAGCAGGCAGGUCUGCACUUGUUGUGACUGACACAGGAAAUAUGUCAGUGUUGAGUUCACCCAGACAUCCGAGCUGUAUAAUGCAUGUUGAUAUGGAUUGCUUCUUUGUAUCAGUGGGUAUACGAAAUAGACCAGAUCUCAAAGGAAAGCCAGUUGCCGUUACAAGUAACAGAGGCACGGGAAGGGCGCCGUUACGUCCGGGCGCCAACCCCCAGCUGGAGUGGCAGUACUACCAGAGCAGGAUGCUGAGAGGCAAAGCAGCAGAUAUACCAGAUUCAUCAAUGUGGGAGAGUCAAGAUUCUGCACAAGCAAAUGGAAUUGAUACUAUUUUGUCAAAGGCUGAAAUUGCAUCUUGUAGUUAUGAAGCCAGGCAAGUUGGCAUUAAGAACGGAAUGUUUUUUGGGUAUGCUAAACAGCUGUGUCCCAAUCUUCAAGCUGUUCCAUAUGACUUUCACGCAUAUAAGGAAGUUGCACGGACGAUGUAUGAAACACUGGCAAGCUACACCCACAACAUCGAGGCUGUCAGCUGCGACGAAGCCCUGGUGGACAUCACCGAGAUUCUUGCCGAGACCAGACUCACUCCCGAUGAAUUUGCAAACGCGGUCCGGAUGGAAAUCAAAGACCAGACUAAAUGUGCGGCUUCUGUUGGAAUUGGUUCUAAUAUUCUCCUGGCUAGAAUGGCAACUAGAAAAGCAAAACCAGAUGGUCAAUACCACCUAAAACCAGAAGAAGUAGAUGAUUUUAUCAGAGGUCAACUAGUUACUAACCUACCAGGAGUUGGACAUUCAAUGGAAUCCAAGUUAGCAUCUUUGGGAAUUAAAACUUGUGGAGAUUUGCAAUAUAUGACCAUGGCAAAACUUCAGAAAGAAUUUGGUCCAAAAACAGGUCAGAUGCUUUAUAGGUUCUGCCGGGGCUUGGAUGAUAGACCAGUUCGAACGGAGAAGGAAAGAAAAUCUGUUUCAGCUGAGAUCAACUAUGGAAUCAGGUUUAUCCAGCCAAAGGAAGCAGAAACUUUUCUUCUGAGUCUUUCUGAAGAAAUCCAAAGGCGCCUUGAAGCUGCUGGCGUGAAGGGCAAACGUCUGACCCUGAAGAUCAUGGUGCGGAAGCCUGGGGCCCCUGUAGAAACCGCAAAAUUUGGAGGCCAUGGAAUUUGUGAUAACAUUACCAGGACUGUAACUCUUGACCAAGCAACAGAUAGUGCAAAAAUCAUUGGAAAGGCUACACUAAACAUGUUUCAUUCAAUGAAGCUAAAUAUAUCGGAUAUGAGAGGGGUUGGGAUUCACGUGAACCAGUUGAUUCUGACUAACCGGACCCUUUCCACGUGUCCCAGUCACCCCUCGGUGCCGUCGGCCCACUUUGCCGGCGGGUCGCACUCCGUCCGUGAUCUCUUCCAAGUUCAGAAAGUGAAGAAAUCCACUGACGAGCAGCACAAGGAAGUCUUUCUUGCUGCUGUGGAUCUCGAAACAUCAGCUGCCUCCAGAGCCUGCCCCUUGUUGCCCUCCUUUCCUACACAUCUGGCGUCUGGGGUCAGUCCUGCUGCCGGCAAAGCCGAGCCUCUGGUGAAGUGCAAUGGUCUGCAUUCUCCUGUCACUUUGAAGUCAAGACUGAACCUCAGCAUAGAGGUUCCGUCACCUUCCCAGCUUGAUCCGUCUGUUUUAGAAGCACUUCCACCUGACCUCCGGGAACAAGUAGAGCAAGUCUGUGCUGUUCAGCAAGGAGAGCCACAUGGGGACAGAAAGAAAGAACCGUUAAAUGGCUGUAACACAGGAAUUUUGCCACAGCCAGUUGGGACAGUUUUGUUAGAGCUACCUGAACCUCAGGAAUCGAGCAGCGACACAGAGAUUAACCUAAUAGCCCUCCCAGCAUUUUCACAAGUGGACCCUGAGGUGUUUGCUGCCCUCCCCGUGGAGCUGCAGAAGGAGCUGAGGGCAGCCUAUGAUCAAAGACAAAGGCAGGCCGAGAUGGCCGCACCCCCGCAGCCCACCCGCACAGCUGUGCCAAACAAUCCUUUGCUUCAGCUAAAACCAGCAGCAGUGAAAGAGAAGAAAAGAAACAAGAAAAACUUCAUCAGCCCCAAGAAAAAGGUUCAGAGUCCUUUGAAAAACAAGCUUCUUGGUAGUCCAGCAAAAUCUCUAGCAGGGCCCUGUGGGAGUCCCCAGAAGCUAAUCAAUGGCUUCCUCAAACAAGAAGGUCCUGCUGCCGAAAAACCCCUGGGAGAACGAGCUGCUGCCACUGCAGGUGUGCCGGGCUGUACCAGCUUGCAGCCGGACGUGCCUGCCUGUGCUCGGCCACCAGCCCCCAACCUAGCUGGAGCCGUCGAGUUCUGUGACGUGAAGACCCUGCUCCGGGAGUGGAUAACGACCAUCUCAGAUCCAAUGGAAGAAGAUAUUCUGCAAGUUGUGAAAUACUGUACUGAUCUAAUAGAGGAAAAAGACUUGGAAAAACUGGAUCUAGUUAUAAAAUACAUGAAGAGGUUGAUGCAGCAGUCUGUGGAAUCGGUUUGGAAUAUGGCAUUUGACUUUAUUCUUGAUAACGUCCAGGUGGUCUUACAGCAGACUUACGGAAGCACACUGAAGGUCACCUAGGCCCUGCCGGGAGCCUGGGCUCUCUGCUAGCUGGGCCCUAGGUGCUCGUGAGGUAUUUGCAAAGUGCAUGAGAGUAACGCUCUGAGUUUUUACCAUUCUAAAUUUCUUUUUAAGCAAGUGUUUUGUACAUUUCUUUUCAAGAAGUGCCAAAUUUGUCAGUAUUGCAUGUAAAUAAUUGUGUUAAUUCUUUUACUGUAGCAUAGAUUCUAUUUACAAAAUGUUUGUUUAUAAAGUUUUAUGGAUUUUUACAGUGAAGUGUUUACAGUUGUUUAAUAAAGAACUGUAUAUAUAUUUUGUA